GAUGGCCCUCAGAGGAAAAAACGGAAGUCUGAAGUUGCAGAAGUGGACAAACAGUUAGAUAUUCUGGCUAUUGGUACAGCAGUCGGUAGCAUUUUGUUGUACAGCACAGUAAAAGGAGAAUUACAAAGCAAGCUAGAUGGUGGUCAUGACAAUAGAGUAAACUGUGUCAGGUGGCAUCAGGACAACUGCCGCUUGUAUAGCUGUUCAGAGGACAAACACAUUGUGGAAUGGAACACACAGACCUGCAAAGUAAAGUGCAAGUGGAAAGGCGACAAUAGCAGUGUCACUUCUCUAUGCAUCAGUCCAGAUGGGAAAAUGCUGCUGUCAGCAGGUAGAACUAUAAAACUGUGGGACCUGGAGACCAAAGAAGUCUACAGACAUUUCACAGGCCAUGCUACAUCAGUGUCAUCAUUAAUGUUUACCACAGUGAAACCUAUGAAUGAAAAUAAGCCCUUUGAUGGAAUUACAGGGCUUUAUUUCUUGUCUGGAGCUAUACAUGAUCGAUUACUGAGUGUAUGGCAGAUCAGAUCAGAUAGGAAAGAAAAGAAUGCUGUGAUGUCUUUCACAGUAACAGAUGAACCAACUUUUAUUGACCUGACUGUAUCAGAAGUCAAAGAAGAGCCUGUGAAGUUAGCAGUUGUGUGCAGAGAUGGGCAGUUGCACUUAUUUGAACAUAUCUUAAAUGGUUAUUGCAAAAAACCCUUAACAUCAAACUGUACUAUCCAGAUAGCAACGCCUGGAAAUGAUGGAGACUCCACACCAAAACCAGUCCCUAUUCUAGCAGCUGCGUUUUGCACAGACAAACAGUCUCUGCUGCUUGUGUAUGGAAACACCUUACAGCCCAUCAUAGAGAAAGUGUCUUUGAACACCACUGAAUCCCACGUAUGUUUGAUAAGGGACAUCCAGAAAGUGUUGUCACUUAAAACAGAUGUUGCUCUAACAAAGGUAAAGACACCUGUUGUGAACUCAGACACCAAAGUUCUAGUGCCUGGCAUUCCAGGACAUAGUACAGCUGUCAAAACUCCAUCUUCAGGAAAGGAGAAAAAGAAAAACAAGAGGAAACCGGGAGAGACAGAGGAAAGCAUUGAAGAGCGCCUAGAGGCAUUGGAUAUUGAUGUAAGCAAAGUAAAAACUCCAGGUGGCCUUCCACAAACAGAUAGCUUCGCAGUACUUUUGGUUCAGGGCUUGGAAAGCAACGAUGCAGAAAUCUUAAAUAGAGUGCUUAACACAAGAAAGGAAAAUGUAAUAAAGAACACGGUAGCCAGAAUGCCUAUACAUGCUGUCAUCCCCCUGCUGCAUGAGCUUACGAAGAGAUUGCAGGGCAACCCAUACAGUGCCUCAGUAAUGGUUCGAUGGCUGAAAUCUGUUUUUACUCUACAUGCAUCCUACCUUUCCACA